AUGGCACUCUUGGACUCGGAGGACACCAUGGCACCCUGUCCUUGGAGGACACCAUGGCUCCGAGGCUGGUGGCCGGUGGCCACCCGGGAGCGACAGGGUUGUCGACGGCCCGGUCGUGAUCCUGAUUUGCUUCUACCAGCUGCUAGAGCUGGUGAUGUGGAGCUGGCUGUGAACGGCGUGUGCACCUGCACCUGCUCCACUGGCUACGAGGGCGACCGCUGUGACGUGUGCAUCGCCGGCUACGAAGGCUACCCCACCUGCCGCGAGAGUUGCACAGACGAGGCGGAUUGCAGCUCCAACGGUAUAGCCUCGGGGGUGAAGUGGCUGAACGAGUUCGGCCAGCAGCUGGACAGCUGCGCGUGCGUGUGCGAUCCAGGUUUCAGCGGGCUGAACUGCGAGACGGGAGACAGCGCGCUUCCCGGGCUUCUCUGCGAGUACUACUACUUCGAGCAGGGCUCCAAUGUUCCCGACUUCCUAGGCAAGACGGUGGACCACGUCACUGUGGCUUCGGUGAUCGAUUUCGCCGACGACCACUCGUUUCCGGAAGUUGCCCAGCAUGACCACUUCGCCGUGAGGUGCACGGGCUUCUUGAAAAUCCAGACAGCUGGAACCUACGAUUUGUACACAAACUCCGACGACGGCUCCUUCCUCUACCUGGAUGGGGAGCGUAUUGUGGACAAUGACGGGUUGCACGGCCCGCAAGAGAGGAGCGGAUCCAAGCAGCUUGCGGCCGGCUCCCACCCCAUCCUCGUGGAGUUCUUCGAGAACGGAGGCGGCGCGAAGCUCGUCGUGGAAUAUCGGGGGCCCGACUCCAAUGGUGCGCAGGUCGUGAUUCCCUCCCACGCGCUGAGCACUGCUGUGGAGCCCACCACGUCGCCUAUAUCAACGACCAUGACUACCACCACAGCGGCCACGACCACGGCUACGACCACCUUGGCGACGACUACCACAGGGGCCACAACCACUACCACGACCCCGCAGGCCGGCCCACAACCUGGCGUGAGUUGUGAGUACUACUACUUCACGCAGGGCGACAAGGUCCCGGACUUUGCAGGCAGGACGGUGGACCACGUGACGGUGGCUUCGGUGAUCGAUUUCGCCGACGACCACUCGUUCCCAGAAGUUGCCCAGCAUGACCACUUCGCCGUGAGGUGCACGGGCUUCUUGAAAAUCCAGACGGCUGGAACCUACGAUUUGUACACAAACUCCGACGACGGCUCCUUCCUUUACCUGGAUGGCGAGCGUAUUGUGGACAAUGACGGGUUGCACGGCCCGCAAGAGAGGAGCGGAUCCAAGCAGCUUGCGGCCGGCUCCCACCCCAUCCUCGUGGAGUUCUUCGAGAACGGAGGCGGCGCGAAGCUCGUCGUCCAGUACAGGGGGCCCGACUCCAAUGGUGCGCAGGUCGUGAUUCCCUCCCAUGCGCUGAGCACCGCCCUCGAACCGACGACCACAGCCGUCUCAUCGACCACCAUGACUACCACGACCAUGGCGACGACCACCACCACCACGACCGUGGCGACGACCACCACCACGACAGUGGCGACCACCACCACCACGACGGUGGCUACGACCACCACGAUGUCUGGCCAGGGACCGCCGGGUCCCCCUGGGCCCGCGGGGCCUCAAGGCCCGCCUGGGCCGCCAGGACCGCCUGGCCCACCCGGUCCGGCGCGUUAG